AUGCUGAUGUGUACAAAAUUAGUUGCCUUGGCUUGCAAGCUAUCUUCAACAAUGGACUAUGCUCAAACCCUAUUUGAUAGGGUGCAACAUAAGGACGCUUUUGUUUGGAAUACGUUGAUCAGGGGUUAUGCCAACGUGGGUUCUUGCCAAAGGGCUAUAAUUCAUUACAGAAGCAUGCACCAUAGUGGAUUGCUACCAGACAACUAUACUUUCCCUUCUGUCAUCAGAUCAUGUGCAGGAAUCAAAGUUGGGGUGGACUCCAAUACUUCAUUGACAAAUUCUUUGAUUGCUCUGUAUGGGAAAUGUGGAAAUCUAGAUACAGCCAGAGCAUUGUUUGAUGUAAUGGUUGUGAAAAAUCUAGUUUCAUGGAAUGCAAUGAUUUCAGCAUAUAGGGACCAUGGACGUGCAUUUGAUGCUCUCAACUUCUUCUCAACGAUGAAACACAAGGGUGUUAGACCGAAUAGCUUGACAUUCACAGCUGUCUUAAGCGCUUGCAGACAUGCUGGUUUAGUAGAUGAAGGAAGGAAGCAUUUCGAGAGCAUGAUUAAGGACUACUCCAUCGUUCCUGGUAUUGAAAAAUUUGCUAGCAUGGUUGAUCUCCAUGGAAGAGCAUGCCGUUUGACCGAGGCUUACAGGUUCAUUGAGAUGAUGCCAGUGCAGGAAGAUGCAAGUGUUUGGGGAGCAUUGCUUGGUUCUUGCAGAACUUACGACGAUUUUUGA